AUGACCGAGUACGGCGCACACUACGGAGGAGGCACUGGGCAGUCAUACCAAGUCAACCAGGAUCCAAGACUCAAUGACCCCCGAGCACAGUCGAACGUUCCUCACUAUCCUCCCUCGGUCAGCCCGCAGCCAGGUUACCAAUUCCAAGGCACGACUCCCAAUGCCCAACAGGUAUACGCCAAUGCGCAGCAGCUGCCUUACUCCGGGCAAGUCCCGGGGCAAGUGCCUGUACAGUCAGAUGUUAUGAAUGGCCUUGCUUCCCAGCUGGGAGGAUUGGAUAUGUCGGCUGCACCUAUACGGUCUCAUAGAAAGAAAGAGAGGCAUGCAUACCAUGACAUAGCGGCCGCGCCUGCGCCGUCAUCAAACCUGGACAAUGAGCCUCCAGGCACUACAGGAGGAUCUCAGUUCCUUGGUGCUGGGCCUCAAGUCGGAUCCGGCAUACCUGGCCAGCCGCCGCAAACUGCGUAUGUAAAUUCAGCAGAUAAACUACGGAUGGGAGAAGAGGCCGUGGCAACUCAGGGCCGGGUCGACCCAGAGCAGAUUCCUAGUGUGGCCAGGUCGCGGGACAUCGCGACGCUAUACUAUCAGCAAAAUGUUCAUCCUACCAUGGAGAAGCAUCUGCCACCUCCGGCCGCUGUCGCUUUUACGGCCAUCGACCAAGGUAAUUCCUCUCCAAAAUUCGCACGUCUGACCAUCAACAACAUACCCUCGACAGCCGAGGCGCUUGCGUCGACCGGACUCCCAUUAGGGAUGGUCCUUCAACCCUUUGCUCCAUUGCAAGAAGGAGAGCAACCAAUCCCUGUCCUUGAUUUUGGCGAGGCUGGACCCCCUCGUUGUCGAAGGUGCAGGACCUAUAUCAACCCGUUCAUGACUUUCAGAUCUGGUGGAAGCAGAUUCGUUUGUAACAUGUGUAACUUCCCCAACGAAGUGGCACCGGAAUAUUUCGCGCCCACAGACAUGGCAGGAGUACGGGUCGACCGGUCACAACGACCGGAGCUCAUGAUGGGAACUGUGGAAUUUCUUGUACCCAAAGAAUACUACACCAAGGAGCCCAUGCCGAUGCGGUGGUUGUUUCUCAUCGACGUUACGCAGGAAGCGAUCAACCGCGGAUUUCUCGAGUCCGUAUGCGCUGGCAUACUGGACGCACUCUACGGCCACGACAGAGAUGACGUUGACUCAGAAGACGACACAGUUCCAGCUGGCAAGCUGCCUAUCGGAGCCAGAGUUGGCAUCGUCACUUAUGACAAAGAAGUACAUUAUUACAAUCUUACGCCCGGGCUUGACUCGGCGCAAAUGAUGGUGAUGACCGAUCUUGACGAUCCUUUUGUGCCUCUGGCAGAAGGACUGUUUGUUGAUCCACAAGAGUCGAAGAGUGUGAUCACUUCUCUUCUCCAGUCUAUACCGACCAUGUUUUCAGCCGUCAAGAACCCCGAACCCGCUCUAUUACCCACAUUGAACGCCGCAUUGGCUGCUCUGUCCUCUACAGGCGGCAAGAUCAUCUGCUCGUUGUCUACACUGCCGACUUGGGGCCCAGGUAGAUUGCACCUGCGUGAUGAUGGCAAAGGCCGUGAUACGGAUGCUGAGAGGCGAUUGUUCACAACCGAGCAUCCUGGCUGGAAGAAGACUGCUGGUGCCAUGGUCACAGCGGGUAUCGGUGUCGACUUUUUCCUCGCCGCCGCUAGUGGUGGAUAUAUGGAUGUUGCCACAAUAGGCCAUAUGUCGCGCUUGACCGGCGGAGAAAUGUUCUUCUAUCCAAACUUCGUGGCGCCACGUGACUCUUUGAAGCUGCAGACCGAGAUCACACACUCGGUCCAACGAGAGACAGGCUACCAAGCAUUGAUGAAGGUGCGAUGCUCCAACGGCCUUCAAGUGUCAUCGUAUUACGGCUCUUUCCUUCAACACACCUUUGGCGCAGAUUUAGAAAUCGGCACGAUCGAUGCUGAUAAAGCCAUCGGCGUGACUUUCUCCUAUGAUGGCAAGUUGGAUACCAAGUUGGAUGCUCACUUCCAAGCAGCCCUUCUAUACACUUCAGCCACUGGCCAAAGAAGAGUGAGAUGCAUCAACAUCGUUGCGGGGGUCAACGAAGGAGCGGCGGAAACGAUGCGCACUGUUGAUCAAGAUGCAGUCGUCAACAUCAUGGCCAAAGAAGCUUCUCAAAAGGUUCCAGAACGGUCUCUGAAAGAUAUCCGGGCCAGUAUCACGGAGAAAACCAUUGACAUUCUUGCUGGAUAUCGAAAGAACUUUUCGGGAUCGCAUCCACCAGGGCAGCUGGUCCUUCCAGAGCACCUCAAGGAGUUCGCCAUGUACACUUUGGCACUGAUAAAGACCCGAGCUUUCAAAGGCGGCGUCGAACCAACCGACCGUCGUGUGCACUCGGCUCGAAUGAUGAGGUCAUCUGGAGUGACCGAGACGGCACUCUACCUCUAUCCCCGAAUUUACGCUAUCCAUAAUCUGAAUCCGGAGGACUGCUUUGCCCAUCCGGAGACAUCGCAGCUAGUGGUUCCACCGACAGUUCGCGCGUCCUUUGCCCGUGUCGACGAGGGUGGAGUAUAUUUGGUGGACAAUGGACAGGUUGUCCUGAUGUGGUUCCAUGCUCAGGUGUCUCCCAACCUGCUAGAGGAUCUCUUUGGUGCAGGAGUCACAAGCCUACAAGAUCUCGACCCGAUGAUGAAUGAACUUCCUGUGCUGGAGACCCGACUAAAUGCUCAGGUGCGCAAUUUGCUGCAAUACAUGUCGACGAUUCGAGGCAGCAAAGCCGCCACCUUUACCCUGGCCCGACAAGGACUGGACGGCUCGGAGUUUGAGUACGCUCGAAUGCUUGUGGAAGACCGCAACAAUGAGGCCCAGAGUUAUGUGGAUUGGCUUGUCCACAUCCACCGCGCCAUUCAAAUGGAGCUGAGUGGACAGCGGAAGAAGGAAGAUACUGGCGACCACGAAAGCAUAUUGAAUAGUUUGACGGGGCUGAAGGCGCCGUAUUGGAAUUGA